AUGGAGAGGCUGUCACUGCGCCAAAGUCGUCGCCGCGGGUCUCACCUACUGCGCUUUUGCCUCAGAUGCCGGGUCGCGGGCCACGAUCCAAGUGGAAAGUGCCAGGACCUGCCAAGAGGCAAUAACCAACAACGUGGUUGCGAUAGUGGUUACUCGUUGUUGGGUGCAGACGGUCUCCUGGAAGAACGAAGGUCACAGAUAGAUUCGCUUGGCACUCCUCAGGUGUCAGCAAGACGGAUUCAGCCAGGAGACGUUGAAGUGCGGGAGGCUCCCACAGGCCCGUCGCGAAUACAGGAGAUGGGCGCAAUGCCAGCAGUGGAGCAUCCGAAGCCGGCAGAGCAGAUCUCAACGAAAGAGCCGCAGCAAGAAGACAGGCAAAGAGAAACGCAUGAGGAGUCUCAGUCACUCAAAACCGACCUUGACAGCAGACUCGAUGACAGAUCUCUUCUGCCCACUUCGCCUUUCCGAGGCUAUCGUGAGCGACGAAGACUAGGACAGCUAGCAAAAGAGAGCUGGCAGGCCUGGCAGCAGGAACAUGGUGUGACGCUGGGGCAGCUGCAGCGCGCAACAAUCCCCAGACAAAGCUCGAGUUUGUCCGGGCAGCACAACACAACGAACAACACUGAACCAGACCAGCCAGUCAAUCCUUGCUUUUUCAAUGAGUGGCCUGCUGCAGAUGCGGCGUGCAGCUCCGAGGCAAAUGGAACACGAGAAUUGUGGACACACGUCGGCGAAGGCGGUCGUAGCAGCAUGCAAACCGGGACUGACACCCGUCGAGAGUCCAAGCCAAGCAUACCCCAGGCAAGCAAUUUGCAGCAUCCAGCCCAGGCACGGCGAUCACCGCCGUCCGAAAGCAAGCAUUCAGCAUACGAAGCCUUGCAGCGAUGCGAGGAAAGCUUUCAAGGAACCCAGACGCAGGCAGGCCCCAAGAAGCAUGCAGAGCCGGCCCAGACCCAGACGACUCCUGAGAGCACUUUUGUGGUGCACCGGGAUCAGAAGCCAAUGGUCAGACAUUUCUCAUACCCGCCUGCAGCCGAACGCCCAGAGGCCAAGAAGGUUCAGCUGUUCAACAUGGCAGCCGGUGACAUGCCUGCUGACAUGACGAAAAGCCUACCGUGUAUCCUCUCGCCGAGCCGCAAACUGCGGCGUAACUUUCAAGGUGUCGCAGAAAGCCUUCAGGAGGCUGCAGCGGCCCUGCAACGACUUUCUCAGAAUUGCCAGGUGCCUGCUCUUGACGAGCAGCUUGUGCCAGGCUGCGUUGAGUCAGGCCACCUGAGCACUGAGCCUGACCUGAGGCUUUGCUGCAGCCCAAGGACAUUGCAGGAGCAGAAUGCCUCACUGAAGACUCAGCUGGCAGAGGCUCAACGGCGCAUCGAAGAGCUCGAAGAGGAAAGGCAAAACUUUUUCCACGAAGGCAUUUACGACCUUGUUAAUGCAGUCUGCACCAGUCCUCAGCGUCGGAGCUUCCAAGACGGGAGCGCGUGCCGAAGCUUCGAGGAGCCAGGUGCUACCAACGCAAACGUCCGCCACGCAAGUCCAGACGCCACUCGACUGGUUGUGGAUGUUCUGCUUCAGCUUGUGUCCCAGGAGCACCAGCAACUGAAGCGUGACCAGCGCAGCGGCUGCGCAGGUCAUGACCAGGUGCAGCAGGUGGUGCUUGGCCAUGCGACCGGCACUCGACCGAAAAUGCGCGAACUUCCAGUUGCCUUGCAUGUCUUUGCAUGCCCGUUAUCUUCCUUCAGGCACAGCCCACCCUCGGAGCAGAAAGCUUGGAGGAUGACACUCGGCAAAGAAAUCAUAGGUAACUGCGCAAAGCAGGUUGCACAAGGUCACCCCGAAAAUGCAGAAGUGUCGGAUGUGGUUUUAGAGAGAGAGAGAGAGGGAGAGAGAGCCAAGCAGAUGGAGGUGGAGGACGGGCGCCAUUUCCGCAAUGACUUGGAUGACUCCUCGAGGCCCAAAGAUUGGGAGGUCAAGCUGCGCGGGGCCCUGGAGACGCUGAAGGCGUCUCUUCUGCGGGCCAAGCAUCGCAAGGGCAGUGUCUACACGGGUGCCGGCGGAGUGGCGUACACACUACUGCACCUCGCAGCCUGCGGCCUCCAUGAUCCAUCCACUUCCUGUGUGGACAGCGCAGGCAUCCUGGCAGAGGCAGAAAGAUCGUCCGAUGCGCGGCGCGUGACUCUCUUGGAAGGGCUGGCAGGCUGCGUUGCUCUGCAGGCCUGGACGCACCAACUCUGCCAAGAGCAGGAGAAGGUGCGGGAGUGUGUCGGAAGGGUGGAGCGGCUGGCGGAGCUUGCCUCUUCUUUGCCGGAAGGAGAGUGUGAGGUGCUCUACGGCCGCUGCGGCUUUCUGGGUGUUGUGCUUUUCCUGCGGAAACAUCUCAAAGACCCUCAACUGCUAGCCGAGCCAGCGACAGAGCUUGUGAGGCAAGUGGUUGAAUCGGGACGGCGCCAUGCACGGGAAGGCUGGCCACUCUACUAUGAGUGGCAUGACAAGUGCUACCUUGGAGGUGCUCAUGGCAUUGCAGGCAUUCUCCACACAUUGGUGCAGCUGCCAGAAGAGCUUGCAGCAGCGGGGUCCGAUGUUGCAAACCUCAUCUGCCGGAGUGCUGACAAAUUGUUGGAUGGGCGUUUCGUGAGUGGGAACUUGCCGUCGUCUGUGGGGAGUGACAGGGAUCGUUUGGUUCAGUUCUGCCAUGGCGCAACUGGCGCAGUGCCCCUCAUGCUGCGCUUAGCCAGCGUCUACAAAGAGCCACGAUAUUUGCAGCAGGCCCAGGAGUUGGGCCACGUGAUUUGGAGGAGGGGGCUUCUGAGCACAAAGGGGCUUGGACUCUGUCAUGGUACACCAGGAAACGGUUUCGCAUUUCUGGCCCUUUACAGACAAACGCAGGACGAAGUGUGGCUGAAUCGAGCGCUGCACUUCGCAGUAUUUGCUUGCGAGCAUCAAGACGACUUGUCUCAGCUGGCAGAUCGACCAUACUCGCUUUUCGAGGGCCUUGCCGGCGCUGCCUGUUUUUGGGGCUCUGUGAUUUGUGAUGGCUCUACAGUCAUUCUGGAGGGUGGCUUCCGAUUUACUGGCACAUGGGUCGAUGAUCAGAAGCAAGGUUACGGCAUCCUCGAGCAACCCGACGGAAGCCGCUUCGAGGGCAAUUUCGUCGAUGACAAGCCCCAUGGCGAGGGCCGGUUGGCUUACAUUUCGGGCGAUGUCUACGAGGGGCAAUGGGUCAAUGAGCGAGCAGAAGGCUUCGGCAUCUUCACACGCAGAGAUGGGAGUUCCUACGAGGGCCAGUGGCUCAAUGACCUCCAACACGGCUAUGGGAUCGAAACCUGGCCCGACGGCUCCCGAUUUGAGGGCAUGUACCGCGCAGGCGCCAAGGAUGGGCAUGGUAAAUUCAUCUGGACUGAUGGCGCCAUCUACAAGGGAGGCUUCAGCAACAACUGCUUCCAUGGGUCUGGUGACUACAGGUGGCAAGACGGUCGCCGAUACAAGGGGGGAUGGGACAAGAACAAGCUUCAUGGCUGGGGCAUCAUGACCUGGCCGGAUGGGCGCUGCUACCAGGGCCAUUACAUCCGAGAUCACAAGCAUGGAGAGGGAUGCUUUCGCUGGUCCUCAGGGGCACAGUACAGUGGCCAGUGGCUACAAGGCAAGCAGCAUGGUGUGGCAAGGUACAAGAACCUUGACGGCAAGGUGCGAGUAGGGCGCUGGGAGGAUGGCAGUCAUCUGGAAUGGGUCGGCAGUCUACGCGGAGACCUCAGCCUGUCGGAUCCCGUUAACAGAGCCAGCUGA